AUGCAUCGACAAGGCAGACGAGCAGCCUCGCGGUAUCAGCGAGGGAGAGACAUGCACGAGGGCGAGGAGGAUGCAGAGACAGGCGACAUGCGAGAUGCAGAGACAGGCGACAUGCGAGAUGCUGGGAGAGGCGACAUGCGAGAUGGAGAGAGAGACGACAGGCGAGAUGGAGAGAGAGACGACAGGCGAGAUUCUGGGAGAGGCGACUUGCGAGGUGCUCGAGUGACUUCGAUCGGUCGACAGCAGAGGGUUGAAAGUUGGUGGGAGACAAUGCGGAAACAAGGAGACGAGGGGAAAAGUGCGAUGCGUGACUGGGUAUGGACUAAUGUGGGAGUUCCGCUACAAGAAAAAGUUAGCGAUGCGAAGAUACACAUCAAGGCAGCGUUGAGAAGUGCCGUGUUAGAGGUCAACAAGAUAGUAGAAAACACUAUGGCAACUCUGGUAGAAGGGCGAACUGGCAAUGCCCGACGUGAGCAAAGACCUCCCCAGAGGUUGGAGGAUGUAAACAUCUGGGAGGAAUUCUUCGGUGUGAUGAUGACUUGCGUUGAUCUAUCUCUCUGCGAGGGAUGGUUGAUCCCUGAGGACGUGAACGAGCCCUUCUUUCAACUAGGCAUGCCAGCAUCUGCCGUAGCUGAGAUUGCUCUGAGAUCGCCGAGCUCUUCCUGUACAGAAAUCGGGUCAGCGACUAUCACGCCUGAGGAUCUCAUGAUGGAGGAGUUUGAGGACAUCAGGGAUCUGAUAGAGGAGGUACAGAAAGUCAAGCGGGAGAUCGCGAGAGUGCGGCCGAAUGAGGAGGAGCAGGAGUUCAUUCGGAGGUCCGCGAUCUGCGCAGGAGGGAAGGAAGUGCCCAGUGCCAUCUCGUCGGAUCGGAGGAGGGAGCUGAAUGCAGUGCUCGCUUGUGUGCAGCGCGUGGCAAUCAAGCUGACGCAGAAGUCCUUCUACAAGGAGCAAGCAGAGGCGAUUAUGGAGCAGAUAGCGCUUCGAGAUCGUCUGUCCCACAACGGGAAGGUUAGAGUGAGUUUGGCUUGA